CACGCCCUCAGGUCAGGAUGAGCUCAGUAAGGGCUACACCAGAGUUCACUGCCUGAGGAGCAGGUACGAAGCUGGAGCACCCACACAGUGUCAAAAAAAAAAAAAAAAAAAGACGCUGACCAGAGCAAUUGUCUCCUGAGGCCCAUCCUAGGAAUGAACCAUGCUGGCCUACUCUGGAACAUCCUCUGGCCUGUUUCCCAGAAUGCUCUGGGCCCUCCUUCUACUGGCAGCCUCCCUGAAUGCCACUAAUAAAGACUGGGACCGCCCCAGUUGCACUGAGCAUGAGGUGUCUGUAGACAGAGGCGGCCGCGUGGUGAUGGCCUGUAACGUCUCCACCAUCUUCAGAGAGGUCACCAUUAAUUUGACUGCCUAUGGAACGACUACAACCAUCUUUAAUAAAAAGCCUCCAGGAAACCACUCUAAUGAUUCAUGGCAGCUUCAGAUUCAAGGAGGCCAGGCCCAGCUGGUGAUCACAGAUGCUCAGGGCAUCCACGCAGGGGAGUACUGGUGGACGCUGCGUGGAUUCCAGAAAACUUUGACAAACUUCACCCUGAAUGUUACUGGUCUAGCCACUGACAACCAGGAACCAGAGAGCUUGCCGGUCCAUGCUGAGUCCCUAAGUGCAGAGAGGACAGAAGUUAUCUUCAUCGUCAUCAUCACCACCACCACCAUCAUCAUCAUCAUCACAGGGAUCAGUGCGUUUGCUUGGUACAAGCGAUGCCAUUCCCCGAAGUUCCACAGACCAGUACCUAGUCUGAGUCAUGAGUUUCCUGGUAGACCCUACCUGACACUGUCCUAAAGUCCUCCAAUUCCUGCCCCAAAAGAUACUUAAGGCGCCUUAUUAGCAACAAACAACAGGCUACAGAGAACCUCACCUGGCUAUGGCUGACAAUCCAAGCCCUGACUGGGGACAAGCUCACAGGAACUCUGUCCCCAAGCCCUCAUUUUGACCUUGGGACACCCAUGGGUCAGAAUGGGGUCUGUACUCUUCAGGUUCCUCCCCAGACUCCAAGAAAAUUUUCACUGAGGACAGAGCUGUAGUUUUUAAUUGAGGAUGCCCUGGAAGUUGACCGAGCCCCUCCUGUACUCAAAACGUAGGCUCUGUUAGGAUUUGGGGGACAUCAAGUAUUUCAGAGUGUGGUUUAUCUGUUUGUGUGACCUAUCUGCGCUGGAGUGUCUGUGCCUCCCACAGCCCAAGACAGGAACCCAGGCAACUUCUCCCUCUCCGCUUCCCUUCCUUCCACACUCCUUUCCUUUCUUCCUCCUUCUCUGACUCCCUCUUUCUCCAGAUGAGGAGGCUCUGAGCCCUUUGGGUGAUUGGAGCCUGCGGGGAGCCCCCUGCAGAAGGGAUUUUUAUGCUUGGAGGACCUAGAGCAAGGCCAACACCAUGGACUUGGAGCCCCUGAAGCCCCCCUUCCCCCCAUUACACCCCACUUCCCAUCCCAUCCCCCAUCCCGUUAUGGACCUAUAGAAUCACCCACCAGCAACAGCGAGGAAGAACCUUGCUUGUAUUUGCUAGGCACAGUAGCCCCUGUCCCACAUCUGGGGAGAGACACGGGAUCCCAGCAUGUCCUGUGCAGAGACAGGGACUUUGGCUCACCAGGACAGACCUGAUAAGCGAUGAUCUGGGCCUCUGUCUCUCAACAACACCCUUUCCCCUGUGACCGCUAGUUGCUUACUCUGCUCCUCGACUUUUCCCAAAAUUAGGGAAAUUCCAAGCAGCAAGGCCCUUGGCCCUCAGGGUUUAUCCUUCCCCCAUCCCCACCCCCACUUUAUAAAGGGGGCCUGAGCUCCUUCCCUGCUAAACUCACUGCGCUUCCCUUUGGUCUCCGGUGCCAGCAGGGGCUGGUGAGAGAUUCUGUAGCAGCCUUGCUCCAGGCACAUAGAUCGUGUCUUCUAACUCACAGCAAUAGCUGGCUUCACACACAGGUCCUGCUGUCAGGGUCCACAGUCUUACCCCAGAAUUACAGGUCCAAAAUGAUGCAUCACCACACUCCUACCACAAGGGGGUGGUGUGUGCCUGUCUGCAGGGAGCCCUCAGGGACAAAGAGCUGAGCAGGCAGAGGUCUGCUAGAGGGCACUGCUUUUCUGGGAACAGCUGGGCCCUCAAAUUCCCGGAGAACCAAUUCCUGACUCUCUACCUACCUCCACCCUCACCAACUGUUCCUCUUGGGCGCAUUCAUCUUCUUUAUUCUAAUACCAACUUGAAUAGUUUCAUCUUAUAUAUACUAUAAUUCAUGCUUCAGAAAAAAAAGCUUCAUGAUGCAAAUUGUUAAAUAUAGUAAAUCAAUGGUUUGAUAAAGCCAUACGUCUGCUAGGA